CAGUUUCAUUUGGAUUGUAACUCAAGCAUAAAUUCCAGUCUAGUAGUCUAACCAUUUGGUUAGAUUAUUGCUCUAUUCACUUUCAAGGAAAUCAUCAUAAGAACACACUACAAAUAUGUCGAAUAAAAACUACGAGAUAAGCACACCGAUUGCGAUUUACCGCUUGUCCUACGUGUUGCAAGUGGCAGACGACAAGAACUUGCUGCCACGUGCUGCCCAAAAGGCGAAAGAAGUGAACGUAUGUGGCUAUAUGAUGUAUACGCACAGUGGACACGCUGUCAGUGGUGAACUGGAGGGCACUCGGGAUGAUCUGCAGCAGAUGCUGUACUGGCUUCAACUGGAGGGCGGGGAGAAGCCACGCCUUGGUCGAUAUCAACAGCAGCUGAAGGCCAAGUAUGAUGAUUUCUUUUGCUGUUAAAAGAACUGUUCUGAGUUGCUUCUGCUGCUUCUGCUGUGGCUGCUGUUGAGAGUUUUGCUUGA